AAUAAAUACUCCACUCCAAGAAGUGGGGCUUCAGAGCAAUGGGAGCACACAGUCCGAGCAUCACCGGAGAAUAGUGUCCUGUCCCAACCUGAUCAUUUUUUCUCUUGACGGUGGGCUCUUUCUGUCCAAGGAAGGGUUGGUCUUCAGUUAGUAAAAGGGUAGGCAGAGAGCGAGAAGCUGCCCCAGUGCCUCCUGGGCUAGACUGAGGGGAGGGAGCACUGGCCAGCCAAGGCAAAUCCUUGGCCUUUGUGGUGAGACUGUAUCCUUCAGGUGGCAGUGUGGGAAUCAGCCCUGGGCCACGGUGGCCAUCUGGGAUCCGGCUCUCCCAGCCGCCUCAUGUGGCUCUCAACCCUUCUUCAUUGAAUGGCCUGCUGAUUAUAAUUUUGGUUCCUGGUAGAUUUGUGUACAGAGGCGGGAUCCUACCGAUCAGCCAAUAAGAACAUUUUGUGCUGUUUGGCACGUUUCUCGUUAUAAAUUAUUAAAUAGGCAUUCUGAGUCAUGCAAGCAGUUCAUGGCGAGGCUGGUCAGCGCACUGCCCUUCCUGUGCCUGAUCAACUCCUAUAUGGUGAUAAAACUGAGUUGCUGAUACGCGUUUAAAAAUAGCUUCUAGUGCUGUACUUGUAAAACUGUCUGUUGGAUCUUUCAAAGGAUGGCCACACAGGUUUUUCUGAGGUGAUAACAUUUGCUCUGAGACCUGAAGGAGCCAGCUGUGUGCAGAAAAUCUGGGGAAAGGGUAUUUAGGCCCAGAGAGCAGACAGCACCAAGGCCCUGGGCAUGAACAACUUUGGAAGGGUCAACCCCAUGGCUAUUCCGCAUGAUUCAAAUGAAACUUCCUAUUUGCUACCUUCAAACAGUGAGGACUGGGAAGGGCAUGGCAUCCCUGACUUUGUCUAUGGGCAAAAGGAUCUUGUGCUGCAGGGGAUUCAGUGGCCGAGGAUUGCACCCAGCCUCCCGGACGGGCUGCCACUGUCUCGCUUUGACUCUGCCCUCUGCUCUGCCUGGAGGCAGCGAAUGGAGCUGGGGCUGUUCCGCUACCGCCUGGGGGAGCUGCAAACCCAAACCCUCCCAGGUGCUGUGGGCUUUGUGGCUCAGCUGAAUGUGGAGCGAGGCGUGCAGAGGAGGCGCCCGCAGAACAUCAGGAGCGUGAAGCAGGCAUUUGACCCCAAACAGUUUAACUUCAACAAGAUCCGGCCAGGAGAAGUCCUCUUCCGUUUGCGCCGGGAGCCUGAUCUCCCAGGUGCCCUCCCGCAAGAGGACGUCCUUGUGAUGAUCAAUGUCAGCCCCCUGGAGUGGGGCCACAUGCUGCUGGUGCCUGAGCCCUCCCGAGGACUCCCCCAGCGCCUGCUGCCAAGCGCGCUGCGGGCUGGGGUUGAGGCCGUGCUGCUGAGCUCACACCCAGGCUUCCGCAUCGGCUUCAACAGCCUGGGAGGCUUGGCCUCCGUGAACCACCUCCACCUGCAUGGAUAUUACUUGUCCCACAGACUGCCUGUGGAGGGGGCACCAAGCGAGGCCCUGGACCCUGAAGGCCAUUUGCAUCUGCUCCAGGGCCUCCCAGCUCCCGGCUUCCUCUACUACGCUAGCAGGCCAGGACCUGACUUGGAAGCCUUGAUAGGCAGGGUAUGUCGGGCCACUGACUAUCUGAGUGAUCACGAGAUUGCACAUAAUUUGUUUGUGACCCGGGGGACCCCACCUGGAAAGACAUCGCCUUCUUCAGCUCUCAUGGGGGUCCGAGUAAUUCUGUGGGCCCGGAAGUCCAGCUUUGGGAUAAAGGAAGGUGAGGCUUUUAAUGUUGCCCUCUGUGAGCUGGCUGGGCACCUCCCCGUCAAAACAUCCCAGGACUUCAGCAGCCUGACAGAGGCGGCCGCGCUGGCCCUCAUUCAGGACUGUCUGCUGCCGCCAGCAGAGGCAGGAGAGGUGCAGGCCGCACUGGUGGCCUUGACAGCCCAGGAGCAGCAGUAAUCCCUCCGGAAGCAUUUUCUUUCUGACCAAUCUAAGCCCCUUCCCAGAGAGCCGUCGAUACUGGCCGUCUGGGCCCUUCCGUGACUGCCUUCUCACCUGACUCAGCCCAAGGGGAGGGAUAGAGAAGUGAGUGGGCUCUUUAAAGAGGAGCAACCGCAGAAUAAAGCAAAUGAAUGGCCCUCGUG